AUGGACAGUUAUGCUUUGUAUCAGGCAGAUAACCCAGGGGCAUUGACUCGCUCGCAAAAGCACGACAGACAUCGAUCGAGGGCGGAAUUGACGCGUUCCAGCCGGCUUGGGGGGUGGAUGAAUCCGGCGGCUCGGGAUGGGAUCCGGGGACGGCAUCCCGGGGGCUCCACUUACCCCAUCCUCUUUGCACGCCUCGCGUGGGAGGGAGGCGACUGCGACAACCGCUCGUACAAUCCUCUACUUUUCACUGGACACGACUUCAAGGAGCGGUCAGACGCUACCACUGCUGUGCCCUGGCCUCGCUUCUUGCCCGUCAACCUUGGUACUCUGGUAGUCUACUCGGAGAGGACGGUAGGUAGAGCAGGCUCCCGAUCAGUUCAUGGUUGGCGCCUUGCUUUGCCUUUGCCAGAAGAAGGCCAGAACGAGAGCAUGUCACUUGCUGCCAACUCGCUGCUGUGUCUCCCACGUCAGUCACCGUGGACCUACCAGCAGCUACCAUGA